CGAGACAAGAGUUGUUGUUCUUUCCGCCUGGCGGUGCCACCACGCGCCGAGCAUCGUCGUCAUCAUCACCAUGCCUCGAGGAUUUUUGGUGAAGAGAAACCGGCGGUGUUCGGCGUCAUAUAGGACACGAAACAACACCAACAAUAAACCCGUGACAUGUGAAGGCGACAGGAACAACAGUGACAACUCUGAAGUGACAAAACCGAAGGCAGUGAAGGAAAACGAUGUGCUGAACGAUGUCCCUUUUGAAAGGCCAGAUGGACUGUUCCCGGUGUUCCUCGAGGACUCCACCGGUGUCAGGGAGGCGUGGAGCCCGCACGUGGAGUCAGCGCUGGAGGCGGAGGCGGACCAACGCGCUCAGUUACCCGAGACCGAGGAGCAGGUGAGCGAGGUGGAUGUUUUAACUCCCGAUGGUGAUUUCUCCUACUUCUUCCCACCUCCUCUUCCACCACCUCCACGCGACUUGACAUUAACAGAGUCUUGCAGCCCCGUUAAACCGGUCGGCACGAGACUGCUAGAGCAGCACGAGGAUGGAGAGAAGCAGCCGUUGUUCUCCGGCAGGUGUUUGACAUCAUCUCCAGUGUCAGAGUUACCGGAGCUGCCGUUCCUGGUGAGCUCCACGCCGACCCCGACAUCCGCUUCUAUCGAGAGGCUCCUCGCGAGCAGCAGCCGCCACGUGCCAUCCUACAGUCACAGUGACAAAUAUGACCCGAGAAUGGGUCAUGUACACUUGUUCCCGCCACUGACACUGAUGAACCAGGAGCAGCAUCACCCAGCAAGAAAACGCUCAUUCCUCGAACCGGAUCAGCGAUUGACCAACAACAGACACAACAAACAGUCCGUGAGCAACCCGUCAAAGAAACCAAAAGCGAACCGGAAACUUAACUUCGAGGAUGAGGUCACGACCUCCCCCGUUUUGGGUCUGCGGAUCAAAAAGGAGAGUCCCGAGCUGAGGAGACAACGGGAGAAAUCGUCUGCUCCUACGGGGAAUCAGCCGCUGGGAGAGUUCAUCUGCCAACUCUGUAAAGAGGAGUACCCCGACCCUUUCUCCCUCGCGCAGCACAAGUGCUCCCGCAUAGUGCGCGUGGAGUACCGCUGCCCCGAGUGCGACAAAGUCUUCAGCUGUCCAGCCAACUUGGCCUCCCAUCGUCGUUGGCACAAACCUCGUCCGAUAAACAACCAAGGAGGAGAGCCUCCGACAAACAAGAGCCAGCCCUUGAAAGAGGCACGAGGGCUCAUUCAACACGAGAGGCAGCCGGUAGAGAUGGAGGGCAAAGAGAACGAGCUUCUGCGCAUCAACACUAAUCAGCACCACGGAGCGCUGGACAGUUCCCGCAUCAGGCGCGAGCCGUCCCUGCUGCUGCUCGGUCGGUCUCGGGACAGUCCCGACAGCGACAGCCUCGCGCCUCCCCACUAUGAUUCCUCGCUGCAUUACCGGAACCCGGCUGAAAGUUGUCUGGACCUUCAGAAGCAGGUGAGAGCGGCAGACAGUCCACCCUCGAGCCUCCUUCUGCUAAACGGCAACCCGGACGAGCGCGCCGACCUGCCCCAGCAGCAGCCACCAUCACUCCCGCAUCCUCCCUUACCGUUUGUGCAGUCGUUACCGGAAGAGGAGGUAUACGAGUGCCGGUACUGUGGGAAGAAAUUCCGGCGACAGGCUUACCUGAAGAAACACCUGGCUGCUCACGAGAUGACAACGCGAGGGUCUCCGCCCCCACAAUCUUACGGUCAGACGCGCGAGACCAGCAGCGGACAGAGCCAGGUGUACUUGUGUCACCUGUGCGGCGCGCGUUUCCCGUCGGUUGAAAUCAGGGACAAGCACCGUCUGUGGCACGCGAUGAGGGACGAGCUACUGGCGGGAGCACUGGGAGGAGGACUCAGACCAGAUGUGUUCCACACGCAAACAGAGGAGAGCGGCACCAGAGAGUGCGAGCAGCAGCAGAUCUUCACGUGCAAGCACUGUCCAUCCACCUUCUUCAGCUCCCUGGGCCUCGAGAGGCACAUCAGCAAGUCUCAUCCCAACGAAAACCGGCAGGUGAUGCUGCUCCAGAUGGCCGUGAGGCCGUAACAGACACACGCACUCAGCUGUCAUGGCGGAGGAACAUGUUAACUGUGGCUAUUAGUCGUUUUCAUCCACAUUCCAGUCUACAUGUAUUUCAGCUACGCUUCUAUUGUAAAUUCCAAAUGAGGCCCGUUUGUGUCAGCUGUGGUCAGAAAGACAGGAAGGUUUAUCACUGUGUUACGGCUGACUGUGUCUUUCGUCCAAACGUCAGUAAGCAUCUUGACAUAUAAGCUGCUUCACAA